AUGCAAAAAGAGAGUAAGGAAGAGGAACUCAAAAGAAUUGAGAGAAUGGGUGUAGAAGAGGCCGAAAAAGAGGACAGUAAAUGUAUAUGCCUUGAUAUCCCUUAUAUUACAUCAGAGGAAGAAAAAGAUUCACAGGAGAAAUACAAUGACAAGUUGUUACCUGAAGGAGAGCUUCAGAAUUCUCUAGGGAAAGAUAAGGUACAAGGAAGUCCACUUAAAAUACUUUUCAGGAAAUUUUCCACAAGAAGGCAGCGAGAAAGUAAAGCUGCAGAAAAGGUGAUUGAGGCAGAGGAACAAGUCUCUGAACAGCCGAAACCAUCCUCGGAAUUGACAGAGCUCGCAAAAGUGGAGGAACCAGUGGUUGGGGACCCAAAACCUGCUGAAGAGGAGCUGGUGGCUGAUGUAAGCCCUCAAGAGUCCAAAAAGAAAUCUGACACCACCGUUUCCUGGGAGGCACUGAUUUGUGGUGGUUCUGCUAAAAAAAGAGCUAGAAAAACAAAUGAGGAUGAAACGCCAGACAAAGGAGAGGAAUAUGAGAAAGCAACUGACUCUCCACUGGGAAGUUCCAUUGAGGGCGAUUAUGAUCAUCUCACAUCAUCUAAUGAACAAACUGGAAGUCCUGCAGAGGGAGAGAUGGGAUCCACAUGGAAAAUGUUUAAAAAAAUGGUCACCCCGAAGAGAAAUGUCAGAACUGGAGAAAGUAGUACCCCUGAGCAGAUACCUUCAGACAGUGAGAUGAACAAAGACGAACCAUUUUCUAGGAAGAAACUCAUUCCAGGGCAUAAAAAGAGAAAAUCAGAUGAAAGGAAAGACCAGACAUCCUCCGAUGAGCCUGCAAAGGAUCAUGAAACAGGUGAUGAAGAUGAUGAAACCCCAGCUAUUAUUCCUCUGUCUGAGUAUGAAAUAAUUGAGCCUGAAAGUCUGAAGGAGGUGCAUGAGCAACGAGUUGAAAUCACAAUAGAACAUGAGAUGCCAGAGAUGACUUCACAAGUGUUAGAACAGGACACAUCUAAUAACUUGGUGCCCAAAAUUGCAGCUAAAGUUCCAAUUAACACUGGACCAACAGUCAUACAUGGAUUAUCAGAAGACUUUGAAGAAUUUACAGACUUUGUGAGCAAACAUCAGCAACUGAGUGAU